AAUCCCCUGUCCGGACGCCGCGCCGCCACUUCCGGGGGCGGGGCGUGGGGGCCGGAAGUGUAUCGCGCACGCAAGAUGGCGACUCCCUAUGUGACUGAUGAGACCGGGAAGUACAUCGCCUCUACGCAGCGCCCUGACGGCACCUGGCGGAAGCAGCGGCGCGUGAAGGAGGGCUACGUGCCACAGGAGGAGGUGCCGGUGUAUGAGAACAAAUACGUGAAGUUCUUCAAAAGCAAGCCUGAGCUGCCCCCGGGGCUGAGCCUGGAGCCCAACGCCCAGGCCAGCAAGCAGCCCAGCAAAGCGGAGGGCGGGGAGAGCGGACUGUCCAAAACAGCAAAAAGGAACUUGAAACGCAAGGAGAAGAGGAAGCAGCAGCAGGAGAAAGGCGAGAGGGAAACAGACGAACUGAUCCAAUCGCUGGAGAAGGUCUCCUUGUCGGGGGGCAGUGGCGGGGACACGAGAGCGGCCGCACCGCAGCCGGCCUGCAGCGCCCAGAGCUCCGCUGACGGGGAAGCCGCAGCCUCAGAGAAAAGCAAGAAGAUCAAGAACCUGAGGAAGAAGCUGCGGCAGGUGGAGGAGCUGCAGCAGCGGCUCGACUCUGGGGAGAUAAAGCAGCCGACCAAGGAGCAGCUGGAGAAGCUGGGCCGGAGGAAAGCCCUGGAGGAGGAGCUGCAGGACCUGGAGCUGGACUUGUGAGGGGGGGCCGUCGUGGGGCCGGCGUCCCCAGCGCAGGCUGUCUGGACUGAGCGCCGGCCCCUCUUUCCCGGGGUUUUGUUUUGGGUGGGUGCCGUCGUUUUUCCACAACAGUUGUUUUUUGGUUUGUUUCUUUGUUUCCCAGCUAUCGGUGUUAGGAAGUCGGCGACUCUCAGAUACCUCUCUCCUUUUUAAAGUUUAUUCGGGGGAGCCGGGCAGGGCUGGUGCUGCGGGGGAGGCGGGGGCAGCAGCUCUUCCUUGACUUCUUCCCCAGCCCCUCGCAUUCUGUGUUACGGCCUGUCGUCCUCUUCUUUUUAUUUUUAAGAACGCAAUAAUAAAAUUGCAGUAGUGACCCGGCGGCAGGAGCUCA